GUUGAAAAGUAAUUUUGUUAGCCAUUUUUUCUAAAAAGGUGAUGUAAAAAGGCACAAGUCGUGUCCAAAUAUUGUAUACUAUGCCGUUAGCGAAUUCAGUGGAGCCAUGGCAAAUUCAUCACGCCGAUACAGAGCUUUUGGAGUAUCCAGAUCCCUAAGAAUUAUAUCUUCCCAGUCCGGGGAAGCUGAAGAUCAAAAUUCCACCGAUGAAACGGGACCUAAUGAAGGAGAACACGAAAUCGAACUGGGCGAGUUGGUCAGAAACGGCCACGACAGAGCGGAUCCCUCUCAGUUCGAGUUGCUAAAAGUGCUGGGAGAGGGCUCGUUCGGCAAGGUAUUCCUGGCCCGAAAGGUAGAGGGAGCCGACGCGGGCACCCUCUAUGCCAUGAAGGUGCUGAAGAAGGCCACGUUGAGAGUCAGGGACCGCCAUCGCACGAAAUUAGAGAGGAACAUAUUGGUAGAUGUGGAACAUCCGUUCAUCGUAAAAUUGCAUUACGCUUUCCAAACCGAAGGUAAACUCUAUCUGGUGUUGGACUUUCUCAGAGGCGGUGAUUUGUUUUCCAGAUUGAGCAAAGAAGUUAUGUUCACCGAAGAGGACGUGAAGUUUUAUCUGGCAGAAUUAGCGCUCGCUUUGAAUCACCUGCACACGUUAGGAAUUAUUUACAGGGAUUUGAAGCCGGAAAAUGUGUUGUUGGAUUCGGACGGGCAUAUAGCUUUGACUGAUUUCGGACUCUCGAAAUUGCCUCUGGAAGAAGGGAAAGCGUACAGCUUUUGCGGAACCGUGGAGUACAUGGCGCCGGAGGUGGUCAACAGAAAAGGCCACACUUUCGCAGCGGAUUGGUGGUCGUUCGGCGUAUUGAUGUACGAAAUGCUCACCGGUACGCUACCAUUCCAAGGUACCAACAGACGAGAAACGAUGAAUCAAAUUCUAAAGGCCAAACUGGGCAUGCCGGCCAAUCUCAGUCCCGAAGCCCAAAGCCUCCUGAGGGUGUUGUUCAAGCGGAAUCCCGCUAAUCGAUUGUGCUCGGGACCCGGCGGGAUCGAAGACUUGAAAAACCACGAAUUCUUCGCUACCAUCGAUUUCGACGCUUUGUUAGCGAAGAAGAUUAGACCGCCGUUUCAACCGGCCGUGUGCGGUCCCGAGGACGCCUAUUUCGAUUCGGAAUUCACGAGUAAAACGCCCAGGGACUCGCCCGGCAUGCCGGCCAGCGCCAACGCCCACGAGCAAUUCAGAGGAUUUAGUUUCAUAGCGCCGUGUCUGUUGGAAAACGGCAAUCUUCCGAAGAAAAUGGAAACGCCGACGAAUUCGGUGAGGACGGUCGAUCGAAACUUCUUCGACGAUUACAUUUUACUGGACAUAAUCGGCGGAGGUAGUUAUAGUAUCUGUAAAUUGGCUAAGCACAAAACGACGGGACAGCAAUACGCCGUUAAGAUCAUUAACAAAUCGUUGUGCGAUUGCCGCGAGGAGGUGGAAAUUUUGUUGAGAUACGGGAAACAUCCCGGCAUCGUUACGCUUAAGUCCGUCUACGAGGACACCAGUAAAAUCUACUUGGUGCUUCAGUUGUUGAAAGGUGGCGAUUUGUUGGAUUAUAUGGAGAAAAGGAAAUCUCUAUCGGAAUACGAAGCAGCGACUAUACUGAAAACAUUGGCUUCGACUAUAGCGUAUUUACACGAGAACGGCGUGGUACACAGGGAUUUGAAACCGGCCAAUAUACUUUUCGCUUCGGAGGAUUUAACAGCCGAAAGUAUUACAAUCUGUGAUAUGGGUUUUGCCAAACAGUUGAGAGCCGAAAACGGUCUUCUUAUGACACCUUGCUACACCGCCAAUUACGCCGCGCCGGAGGUCCUCAAGCGCCAAGGCUACGACGCCGCCUGCGACAUCUGGUCGCUGGGCGUCAUCCUCUACAUCAUGCUAUCGGGCCGCUGUCCCUUCAGCAUGACAUCCAAAGACAGCCCGCAGAAGAUCCUGCAGCGGAUCAGCUCGGGUUCCAUCGAUCUAUCUUGCGGCAAAUUGAGCGAGGUGAGCAGCGAGGCGAAGCUGCUGGUGUCCGAUAUGCUGCACAUCCUGCCCGAGCGCCGCCCCACCGCCGCCCAGAUCGUGAAGCACCCGUGGGCGAGGCGCGCUUCGGCCUUCUACCACCAGCACCACAAGAAAGAGCAGCAUUUGAGCCACGCCGAGGCGGCCAAUACGAGCGCGCCCCAUUUGAAGGAAGCGGUGGCUGCCACGUUUAAAGCGAUAGCGACGUCUCCGCAGGUGGCCCAUUUGGGGCCCGUGGCGAUGUCGGAGUUGGCGAAGAGGCGGUUCAGGAACAAGGCCAUGAAGCAGUUUAGGGAGCAGUCGAGGAACGAGGAUUGAGUUGGAGGCUGUUGAUUUAUUAAUUACCCCGCUUGGUUGUUUGGUAAAUGUGUAUUUUUUGUGAUAGAAGAGUACGAAGGGCGGUGUUUGUCUCGUUGAAAUUUGUUGAAAAUGUAGUAAGUAUUGCCUUUUGUAUCUUCGAAUGGUUCACUAGAUUCUAAACCAGAAGUCAAUCUUAUUAUAGCUGUUGUGUGUUAUGUUAGGUUUUAUACUAUCCUGUAAAUUUGCAUCAUCGAAUGGAUUUCUAUACGAUUUUUUUUUAACGUACAACUAAGCAUAUUAGUAUCAUAAUUUGGGGACAACCUGUGUAUACAUAUUCUUUUGAAAUGAAGGUUUAAUUUGUAUUAUAUUUUUUACGCUAAUUUAUAGCAUUUCGGUUAAGUUUUACAUUUAUUUAAUAUUUUUUUAUACAUAUCUAUAAGUAUGAUUUUAAACAGAGUAAUAUUUCAGUCAGUAUUUGUACAAAUUCGUGAAACAUUAUAUUUUUAAUACUCGCUUCCUGAUCCUUAAUUCAAAUCUUAUUGGUUUUGGACAAAUUGCAGGAGAAAUAUUUUUUCUACGAAUUGUAUAAAACCGAUUUCGGAGCAUGUUAUAAUUUGUUAUUUAACUACUAACAAGUUCGUAAUGUAUACUUAUUAAAGAUAAGUGUUAAGUGAUUCUCUCAAGCAGCCUGCAAAUCGGGCGAAUAUGUAAACGUCAAUUUUAAAAGUUUUGCCAUAACUGUGCGUACAUUCCUCAUGAGAACCGAGACGUGAAUUUAAAGUCUCCCUAUAGCAAAUAAAUCGAUAUAUCGAUUCGAUUGGGCCGAAUCGGCGAAAGCUCCGGACUUAAUUUCGCGUCUCUCUCGAUUUCACAUUGUCUUUCGUGGAAUUGUGCAUAUCAGUGUCGUAGAUUAAGUACAAAGUAUUAAAGGAAGGGACUCGAAAUGAGUUAAAUUAUUUUUGUGAUAGUAGCGUAAUGUAUUUUUGUAUUAACCGUCGAAAGACAAUCAAAACGUGCGAAGUGAUUGCAGUGCCAAAAGUAAAAUUUUAAGGGGUUUAUUUUGGUCAAAGUAUACCUAUAAUAAUAUAUCGAUAAUUAAGUUUCUGCAUAAUUUACUAGAGAAUUGGCCACGUAAAUAGGUAGAUUAUUUGUUGAAAGAUGAGGUUAGUUCCAAUGGAAAUUUUAGUCUUUAGUGUACUUUGUUGUAACGAAAUGCGUUACGUACUUAUACAGGACGUUUUAAAUUAUCGUGCCUAAUGUAAAUAACCCUUUAGCAUCGUCCCUUUCUUUGAUAAUUUCCCUAAGAAUGUAACUGUGUAUAUUUUUUCACUAGCUAAUGCCUACUUGUAUAUGUGUGUAUUUUUUUUACCUGUACAUAAACUGUUGCUUUUUACUCGAUGUCGACAAUAAAAAAGGUUUUAUUUUUGUCUCGGAUUAUUUUAUUGUAAACAUUUUUUAUUAUUUCUUUUGCAUAUGAUGUCCCAACAAGUUAAUACAUUCAUCAAAUAUUCUGGUUACAUCAAAUUAUAAUUUAUUUAUUAGUAGAGUUGGAUUUGCGGGAAAUUGCUAACUCAAAUCAUUAAAAGUUAGUCAAAAAAUAGCAAAAGAAGCCUAAAUAGUAGUGAUAAUACUUUACGUAAAAUCCGAACUCUAUUUAGUAUGUUACUGUUCGAAAUCGAAUUGCUUUUAGCUUACCACUGUGCUAUAUCUAUUAUCGAAUUGUUUAUUUGUAUUUAUAUGAAAAAUAUAACGUUUGUUUGUGUAA